UAAAAAAAUCAUAAUCGAGCAGUGAAGUGCGUUUCUAGAAACUUGCUACGCAGCAGUAUUUCAUAUUUUCAGUGAUUUGCAUACCAGUCAACGAAUAAAACAAGUAUAUAAACUGUAGUUCUUUAUUGCUUCGACAUACCACAACAUGUUGGACUUAUUUACCAUAUUCACUAAAGGUGGGAUUGUUCUUUGGUGCUUCCGAGGCACCAAUCAAUUUUUUGCACCACCAGUUAAUGCUCUGAUUCGCAGCGUAAUUCUACAGGAACGUUCUGGGUCAUACGAUCAUGAUGGACUGUCACUUCAGUUUAAGCUGGACAAUGAGUUCGAGCUUGUGUUUGUUGUUGCAUUCCAAAAAAUACUUCAACUAUCGUACAUUGAUAAAUUUCUAAGCGAUAUACAUUUGGAGUUCCGUGAUAAAUAUAAGAAUGAUUUACGGGUUGAGAAUCGCAAUUAUAGCAACUUCGACUUUCAACAAGAUUUUACCAGGAUUUUGGAGCAAGCUGAAAAGUGGGGACGCCUCCAAGCAACGCUUCCAAAACAAAUGCGUAGCUUCGAGGAGUCGCACAAAUCGAAGAAAACUGUGUCUUCUAUGAUAGAACGCAAGGGCGAGCAGAAGCCCGCUGCGAGUGGGGGGAAAAAGUCCGUUAAAAUAGUUGAAAACAAAGUAAGAGACGAGCCGGAAGCUCCUUUGGCUACCAAUGGCGGUGGCAAUGAUGAUAUUAUCUUAGAAAAUCGUAAGAAAAUGAUGGAGAAGUUAAAUAAGAAAAACAAGGGUGAUAAACCGAAAUCGCCAAAGUCACCAUCACAAAAAUCGGGUAAGCAAAUGCGUGUGUGGGACUUAGGUGGAAACGUAAAGGAUCUUCCCAAUCUGGAUCGCUGCAAGGAUAAACCUGAGGACAUUAGGAGCGAUUUUACUCCGAGCAAUGAAAUGAUUGGAACCAUGAAGGGAGGUAUUCAGGAUCUGGAAGUCGAAAGUGAGAGCGACUAUUCUGAUGACAGCGAAGGAGAUGAGGAGGAAGAGGUACAAUACGCAAGUCGGCAAAGCGCUCCGGUUGUAAAAAAAUCCGGUGGUAUGCUGUCUCUCUUCAAAGGACUGGUUGGAUCGAAAAAUCUAACACGUGCCGAUAUGCAGCCAGCUUUAGAUAAGUUACGUGACCAUUUGAUUGCCAAAAAUGUGGCAGCUGACAUCGCGCAGAAAUUAUGCGAAUCGGUCGCAGUUAAAUUGGAGGGAAAAGUUCUUGGAACUUUCGAUACUAUUUCUUCAACGGUGAAGAAUACUUUGACGGAAGCACUGGUUCAGAUUCUUUCACCCAAGCGCCGUGUAGAUAUUCUGCGUGAUUGUUUGGAAGCGAAGAAAAAUAAACGACCUUAUGUGAUGAGCUUUUGUGGCGUAAAUGGGGUGGGAAAAUCUACCAAUCUAGCUAAAAUCUGUUUCUGGUUGAUCGAAAACAAUCUGAACGUUCUGAUUGCCGCUUGCGAUACAUUCCGUGCUGGAGCUGUCGAGCAGCUGCGCACUCAUAUGAGGCAUUUAAAUGCAUUGCAUCCGGCAGAAAAACACGCUGGUCGUGAAAUGGUACAACUUUACGAGAAAGGAUACGGCAAGGAUGCAGCUGGUAUAGCGAUGGAGGCUAUUCGUUAUGCAAAGGACUCUACGAUUGAUGUUGUGUUGAUUGACACCGCUGGGCGAAUGCAGGACAACGAACCGCUUAUGAGAGCACUGGCCAAACUUAUUAAGGUCAACGAACCCGAUCUGGUGUUAUUUGUGGGUGAAGCUCUUGUAGGCAAUGAAGCAGUCGACCAACUGGUUAAAUUUAAUCAAGCAUUAGCCGACUAUUCCGCUAAUGAAAACCCGCACAUUAUUGAUGGCAUUGUUUUGACCAAAUUUGACACUAUUGACGAUAAGGUCGGCGCUGCCAUAUCGAUGACUUACAUAACAGGUCAGCCAAUCGUUUUUGUAGGAACAGGACAAACCUAUACCGAUUUGAAGAAAUUGAAUGCCAAGGCCGUUGUUCAUGCAUUGAUGAAGUAAAGAGAACAAACUACGGAAAAUGAAUUUGGAACUUUGUUAGUGUUUUGUUACUUAUUUGAUACUUAAAAUUGAACUCCACUUUUGCAUGUAUGAAGUAAAACAAGUUAGGCAAGUUGCCUCGUACUUUUCUACGCUCGCUAUCAGUUACUGCUGUGAAUUUUUUUGUUGUUGAUAAUGUAAGUUUCGUGUCUAGUUUUAGUACGACAAUCACGUAUCAUUGCUACUUACUUCACGUGCUAUAGUUUGGCAUGAACGAAUAUGGAUCAAGUAAAUGUUUGUCAAAAUAAAACAUGGACAAGUUUCGAAGGCCCA